AUGCUUCGCGUGCACAAGGCAUCUGGCGAGCUGCUCCUGGCACUGUCGGAGGAGGCUUGCCGGGAGCUCCAUGUCGGGCCGGACCCAGCCGUCCGCGAGCUGAAGCGUCGCCUGCAAGGGCUGUGUGGACAGCCUCGCUUUCGGCAGAGGCUACUGCAGGGGACAGUGGCGCUGGAGGAGGAUGCCGGGCUGACCGCGCCUGCAGAUUUACAGCUGGUACUCCUGCCCUUCUCCCCGGCCUCCGCAGCCGAGCUGGCCGCGCUCAAGACAGCCGCGGAAGCUGACGAUGUGGACGCAUUGGAAGAGUUGCUUCAGCUGGCUAAGGACGUAAAUCUCAAGGUCGACCGCCAGGGAAGGGCAGCCCUCCACCUCGCAGCUUCCUCGGGAAGCCUUAGAGCUGCGCGCCUCUUGCUGGAGGCCUCUGCCACGGUGGAUGCGGCCAACUACACUGGAUCUGCUCCUCUGCUUGAUGCAGCGCGCGCAGGCCACGUGGAAGUGGCCCGGGCAUUGCUAGAGGCGCGAGCAGACAAGGACAGGGCGAACAAAGGCUUGAACACGCCGCUCUCCGCGGCAGCUUUGGGCACGUCCGGCACAGCGGCUGACAUGACCCGCUUGCUUUUGGAGGCGCGAGCCGACUUGCGGCGUGCCUGCGCCGGGGGGCAAGGCCCCCUGCACGUCGCUUGCUCACAUCCCAGUGGCCUGGACGUCGUGCGCGUGUUUCUCCAGGCGCGGGUGGACAUCGACAGGGUCGACAGCUCGGGGAGAACUGCGCUCUGCGUGGCCGCUCCGUGGAUGCUUUUCUUAGAAUGA